CGUCGCUCGUGUGUUUCCUGCCGUCACGUACAACGUGCAGACCAUGUGACGACGACGACGUGUGCGCGACGUCCUGACGGAGGUUCCGGGAAGGAAGUGAUUCGCCCACAGGCCGGUGCUGUUAGAUAGUCGCCGCCGCGAGACUCAUUUCCCAGUAACGCGGAGCGUGCUGCACGUUCCCGGCCGUCAUGUCUGGUUACGGGGUGUCCAGCUUCUUUUCCGGUCCCGAGCUGCUGGAGGAUCCGGGGCACGCAUCAGCCCUCCUGGCGCAGCUCAAGUCCUUCUACGACUCGCACCUGCUGUGCGAUGUCACCAUCCGUGUUCUGGGCGGGGGCCCCGAGGAGCCGGGCGGCGGUGACCCGGAGGGCAGCAGGAGCUUCAGCUGCAACCGCAACAUCUUGUCCGCGGCCUGCCCUUACUUCAAGAGCAUGUUCACCGGGGGCCUGUAUGAGAGCAAGCAGCAGGUGGUCACCCUGCAUGACAUGAACCCGGAGUCCAUGGCCCUCAUUAUAGAUUACUGCUACACAGGCAGGGUGACCGUGACAGAAGCCAAUGUGCAGCGCCUCUAUGCCGCUGCCGACAUGCUGCAGCUGGAGUAUGUACGGCAGGCCUGCGCAGGUCACCUCGCUCGCCGCCUUGACCUCAACAACUGCGCCAGCAUCCUGCGCUUUGCUGAUGCCUUUGACCACCCUGAACUUCGUUCCCGCUCUCUCGCUUUCAUGGCGCGCCAUUUCGAGCAAUUUGCUGUUGGCGAUGAGUUCUGUGACCUAAACUUGGCGCAGCUGAAAGAAGUGCUGACUAUGGACAACCUGGAUGUUGGCAGUGAGAGGCUGGUGUGCAAUGCUGCCUUGCGCUGGCUGGAAGCGAAUCCAAAGGAGAGGGCUGAUGCCUGUCAUGAUAUUUUGAAUUGUGUCCGCUGGCAACACUUUACAGAUAAAGACCGUAUUUAUCUUGACGGUCUCCGAUCAAAGCCAUUUGUACGAAAGAAUUGUUUGCCGUACUUGGAUGCAGUGCUGCAGGAAAAAGAUGGUAAAUCUGCUUUAGCCAUGCUACCUUGCCAAGAAAGUAGUCCACUGCGCCGAAUAGGCAUGCUCGCCAAGGAGAUGGUCAUUUUCUUUGGUCACCGAAAGGAGCCCUUCUUGUGCUAUGACCCUUAUUCUGGGGAUAUUUACACAAUGCCUUCUCCACUCACUAUCUUGGCCCAUGGAAAAGCUGUGACGUCCUCUGCUAUAUGUGUCUCCCCAGAGAAUGACUUGUACUUAGCUACCCAACCUAUGAAACAGCUAUGGGUUUACAGUCCUGUUCAGAACAGUUGGCAGCUCUUAGCUGAAAGACUACUGUGCAGAGAAGGUAUGGAUGUGGCUUACCUUAAUGGUUAUGUAUAUAUUGUUGGUGGGCGUGAUCCUUCUACUUGUGCCAAAAUCAAAGAUGUAGAAUGCUAUAGUGUACAAAGAAACCAGUGGACCCUGGUUGCUCCCCUGCCUCACUCCUUCUACUCAUUUGAACUGGUGACUGUUAACGACCACUUAUAUGCUAUCAGUAACAAAAGGAUGCUGUGCUACGACCCAGCCUGCAACCAGUGGCUUAAUUGUGCCUCCUUAAAACGAUGUGACUUUCAGGAAGCCUGCGUCUACAAUGAUGAAAUUUACUGCAUAUGUGAUAUUCCUACAGUGAAGGUCUACAAUCCAGCUAGAGGAGAAUGGCGGCGGAUCAGUUCAAUACCUACUGAAGGCAAUACCAACAACUAUCAGAUUGUACGACAUGGUUCCAAACUCCUGCUUAUCACCUGCACUACUGUACAGUGGAAGAAGAACCGUGUCACUGUUCAUGAGUAUGAUGUAACGAAUGAUCAUUGGAUAAAUAUCGGCACUAUGUUGGGUCUUCUGCAUUAUGACUGUGGCUCCAUCUGUCUAUCCGCUCGUGUGUAUCCAUCUUGCCUAGAGCCAGGGCAAAGUUUUAUCACAGAGGAGGAGGAUGUACGCAGUGAAUCAAGUACUGAUUGGAUGGAUGGCUUCAGCGAGCUGGAUUCUGAAUCAGAUAGCCUCAGCUCUUUUUCAGAAGAUGAGUGGCCAAGAGUGUCUGUGGCCAGGCCAAGGAUUUAUCUAGAAGGCUCUUUGUGACACCCAGGUCUUACAGAAACUUUUAGUUGUAGUAGUUUCCUCUUUAGACUCUCCUACAGGUCUAUGGGUUAAAAGGAUUGCGCCUCAAAAUAACAUGCUGCACUAGCUGACAUAUUGUUUCUUUAACCUCAACUGUACUCAUAAAUGAGCAGGUGUUAUUUCAUUUGGUUGACAAAGUACAUAACCCUGAGGCUGACCUGUUACUUCUUGUAUUAUAUGUUUUCUUGUUUAAAGCUAUAUUGUUACAGUGAUUAUUUUUUAGGAUAGGAAACUGACUAAAAUGUUUUUGGUUUUUGCAGUAGUGACCAUUGUAAUACUCUGGUAUUGCUUUUUUUUGUCUUAAAAAGAUUUGCUUUUGUAAAAUGAGCAAAUUUCAACUUAA